AUGCGGAGGCUACUGCAACCGUGUUGGUGGAUCUUUUUCUUGAAAAUCACCAGCUCCGUGCUCCAUGAUGUGGUGUGCUUCCCCGCUCUGACUGAAGGUUAUGUUGGCUCUCUGCAUGAAAACAGACAUGGUAGUUCUGUGCAGGUACGGAGGCGAAAGGCUUCGGGGGAUCCUUACUGGGCAUACUCAGGUACCUAUGGUCCCGAGCACUGGGUUACUUCCAGCGCGAAGUGCGGAGGGUCUCUCCAGUCUCCCAUAGAUAUCGUAGACCAUCAGGCCCACGUUGGAGAUGGUUAUCAAGAGCUGCGGCUUGAUGGUUUUGACAAUGAAUCUUCUAACAAGACUUGGAUGAAAAAUACAGGAAAAACAGUUGGGAUCCUGGUGGCUGACGAUUAUUUUGUCAGUGGUGCCGGGUUGCCGGGCAGAUUCAAGGCAGAGAAAGUGGAGUUUCACUGGGGUCAAAGCAACGGUUCAGCUGGCUCUGAGCACAGCAUCAAUGGCAAGAGGUUCCCUGUUGAGAUGCAGAUUUACUUCUACAAUCCCGAUGACUUUGACAGUUUUGGAACAGCAGUUCUAGAAAACAGGGUAAUAGGAGCCAUGGCCGUGUUUUUUCAAGUCAGUCAGAGGGACAAUCCAGCGCUGGAUCCCAUUAUCCAUGGGUUGAAGGGCGUCGUACAUCACGAGAAGGAGACCUUUCUGGAUCCCUUUGUGCUGAGGGACCUUCUGCCGACAUCGCUGGGGAGUUACUACCGCUACGCCGGUUCGCUGACUACUCCUCCGUGUAGCGAGAUCGUCGAGUGGAUCGUUUUUCGAAAGCCCGUUCCCAUUUCUUACCAUCAGCUGGAGGCGUUCUACUCCAUAUUCACCACUGAACAGCAAGACCAUGUCAAGUCCGUGGAGUACCUGAGGAAUAACUUCCGACCACAGCAAAACCUGAACAACAGGAAGGUGUCUAAGUCUGCUGUGAAGGAUGCUUGGAGCCAAGAUGUGACAGACCUCUUGGACAAUCCACUUGGCACGGAAGCUUCCAAAGCUUGCAGCACUCCCCCAGUCAACAUGAAAGUGCAGCCUGUGAACAGGACAGCAUUACUUGUAACCUGGAACCAACCAGAAAUCAUCUACCACCCUCCGAUCAUGAACUACAUGAUCUCAUAUAGCUGGACUAAAAACGAAGAUGAAAAGGAGAAGACUUUCACCAAGGACAGUGACAAGGACCUGAAGGCCAUCAUUAGCCAUGUCUCACCUGACAUCCUUUAUCUGUUCAGAGUUCAAGCAGUUUGCCGAAAUGAAAUGCGUAGUGACUUUAGCCAGACUAUGCUCUUUCAAGCUAACACUACUCGAAUUUUCGAGGGGACCAGAAUUGUGAAAACAGGAGUGCCCACAGCAUCUCCUGCCUCCUCAGCCGACAUGGCUCCCAUCAGCUCCGGCUCCUCCACCUGGACUUCCUCAGGGCUCCCCUUCUCCUUCGUGUCCAUGGCCACGGGGAUGGGGCCUUCCUCCAGCGGCAGCCAGGCCACUGUGGCCUCAGUGGACCCGGGGCCAGAGCGGGACUCAGCGCUGACCAAGGACGGCGAGGGAGCAGGCGAGGAGGGGGAGAAGGACGAAAAGAGUGAAAGCGAGGAUGGGGAGCGGGAGCAUGAGGAAGAGGAAGAAAAGGAUGCUGAGAAGAAGGAGAAAAACAGGGCAACGGCGGCCACGGAGGCACGCAAUAGCACGGAGCCCAACAUGGCCACGGCUUCCCCCAACCGGACUGCCGAGGAGGAAGGAAAUAAAACCAUAUCGGGUGAAGAACCAAACCAAAACGUUGCCCCCACGGCUAGAGGUCCCGUGGAGGAGAGCUUUGCCGAAGCAGACACUCAGCCCCAGCCGAUCCCUUCCACCCAAGUGCCGCCAGCGUUCACCAACGAACUUUACCUGGGGAAGAUCCCAAGACGACCAGAGACAACAAGAAAACCUCCUCCAAAGGAGGACAGGUUUCCAGAGGAAUACCCCUCAGAUAACAAAUUCAUCACCAUUAACCCAGCUGACAAGAACAGCUCCAGCAUGGCCACGAGACCUUCUCCUGGUAAAAUGGAAUGGAUCAUCCCGCUUAUUGUGGUCUCAGCACUGACCUUCGUGUGCCUCAUUCUUCUCAUUGCUGUGCUUGUCUACUGGAGAAAGUGUUUUCAGACUGCCCAUUUCUAUGUGGAGGACAGCAGUUCCCCCCGUGUGGUUCCCAAUGAAAGUAUUCCCAUUAUACCUAUUCCAGAUGAUAUGGAAGCAAUUCCAGUCAAGCAGUUCGUUAAACACAUCAGUGAGCUGUAUUCCAAUAACCAGCAUGGGUUCUCGGAAGACUUUGAGGAAGUGCAGCGCUGUACGGCUGACAUGAACAUCACUGCAGAGCAUUCCAACCACCCCGACAACAAGCACAAGAACAGAUACAUCAACAUCCUAGCCUAUGAUCACAGCAGGGUGAAGCUAAGGCCUUUACCAGGAAAAGAUUCGAAGCACAGUGACUACAUUAAUGCUAAUUAUGUCGAUGGUUACAACAAAGCAAAAGCCUACAUUGCUACCCAGGGACCUUUAAAGUCUACCUUUGAAGAUUUCUGGAGGAUGAUUUGGGAACAAAAUACUGGAAUCAUUGUCAUGAUCACAAACCUUGUUGAAAAAGGAAGAAGAAAAUGUGAUCAGUACUGGCCGACAGAGAACAGCGAGGAGUAUGGCAACAUAAUCGUCACGCUGAAGAGCACAAAUAUUCACGCCUGCUACACUGUGCGCCGCUUCACCGUCAGGAACACGAAGAUGAAAAAGGGUCAGAAAGGAAACCCCAAAGGGCGGCAGAACGAGCGAACAGUUAUUCAGUAUCACUACACUCAGUGGCCUGACAUGGGUGUGCCGGAGUACGCUCUGCCGGUGCUGACCUUCGUUAGGAGAUCCUCCGCAGCCAGAACCCCAGACAUGGGACCAGUGGUGGUGCACUGCAGUGCUGGUGUUGGCAGAACUGGUACCUACAUUGUGAUAGACAGUAUGCUGCAACAGAUAAAAGACAAAAGCACAGUUAAUGUCCUGGGUUUCCUGAAACAUAUCAGGACACAGCGCAACUACCUCGUCCAGACAGAGGAGCAGUACAUUUUUAUUCAUGAUGCCUUGUUGGAAGCCAUCCUUGGGAAGGAGACUGAAGUAUCUGCAAACCAACUGCAUAGUUAUGUUAACAGCAUCCUCAUACCUGGCAUAGGAGGGAAGACACGACUAGAAAAACAGUUCAAGCUGGUUACACAGUGUAAUGCAAAAUACGUGGAAUGCUUCAGUGCUCAGAAAGACUGCAACAAAGAGAAGAACAGGAACUCAUCAGUCGUGCCGUCUGAGCGUGCUAGAGUGGGCUUGGCACCGCUGCCUGGAAUGAAGGGAACAGAUUACAUUAAUGCCUCUUAUAUCAUGGGCUACUACAGGAGUAAUGAGUUCAUCAUAACCCAACAUCCACUGCCACAUACGACUAAAGAUUUCUGGCGAAUGAUCUGGGAUCACAAUGCACAGAUCAUCGUCAUGCUGCCGGACAACCAGAGCCUGGCAGAAGAUGAGUUUGUGUACUGGCCAAGUCGCGAGGAAUCCAUGAACUGUGAGGCCUUUACUGUGACCCUUAUCAGCAAAGACAGACUGUGCCUCUCUAACGAAGAGCAAAUUAUCAUCCAUGACUUUAUCCUUGAAGCUACCCAGGAUGACUACGUUCUGGAAGUCCGCCACUUUCAGUGUCCUAAAUGGCCAAACCCAGAUGCUCCCAUAAGCAGUACCUUUGAACUUAUCAAUGUAAUCAAGGAAGAGGCCUUAACAAGGGAUGGCCCCACCAUAGUUCAUGAUGAGUAUGGAGCUGUGUCAGCGGGAACGCUAUGUGCCCUUACCACCCUGUCCCAGCAGCUGGAGAAUGAAAAUGCUGUCGAUGUUUUCCAGGUGGCAAAGAUGAUAAAUCUUAUGCGGCCUGGAGUAUUUACAGACAUUGAACAGUACCAGUUCCUUUAUAAGGCAAUGCUAAGCUUGGUCAGCACUAAGGAAAGUGGAAACGGUGCCAUGACACUGGACAAAAAUGGUGCUGUGAUGGCCAGUGACGAAUCCGAUCCCGCAGAAAGCAUGGAGUCUCUUGUCUAA